AGACAGCACUUGGCGUUCUAGCACGCCUGGACGUGCCAGGGGUCACGGUGGCGGAUCGGCUCGGAGUACACGGUGCACGGCAUUCGAAUCCAAAAUUGGGGCGAUACGACACAUGAUGUAAAACAGGCUGUGCUGUACGCGUCGACGACGCAAGGCGGAGCAUUCAACACGGUUGUUGCUUCAUUAGGAUCAGUGGCCACUGGAAUUAGUAGCGCGCAGGAUUUUGCCAUCGUUUAUAGUUCCCCUGUGCAACACCUUCGAUUGGUGAUCACACGAACAGGCACUGGUUACCAACCAUAUAUUCGGGAAAUCGCGUUUCAACUUGAGGCCAGUCAGACGCCCAGCCCGACGCAAAGUCAAACGCCCAGCCCGACGCCCAGCCUGACGCCCAGCCCGACGCCCAGCCCGACGCCCAAUCCAGCAAAUAGCGCUGCUGCCACUGGAGAUCCACACCUGCAUAAUAUUUUUGGGGAACAAUUCGACUUAAUGAAGACGGGCAGCCAUGUUCUAAUCAACAUUCCUCGUGGAACCAGUGCCGAAAACUCAUUGCUUCGCGUUCAGGCCGAGGCGCGCCGAUUUGGUGGCAGUUGCGCGGAUUUGUAUUUCCAAGCAUUGAAUGUUACAGGUUUGUGGGCAGAGGCUAAGCAAGCAGGAGGGUACCACUUCGACUCGCACAGGGGUGUCAAUGAGAAUUCAAAAUGGUUCACUCUUGGCUCCGUCGAGGUCAAAGUUGCCCAUGGGCGAACGCAAGGCGGUAUCCUGUAUCUGAACUUCUACGUUAAACAUCUGCGGCACGCUGGCUUCCCCGUGGGGGGCUUGCUGGGAGAGGACGACCACCAGGACGCAACCACGCAGCCAGUUGAAUGCAAGGAGCUAGUGGCCUUGCGCACAGCUCUUCAGAACACCGACACUUCUGCGCGUUCUGUUGCCACCGCGAAGUUGGCAUGAGGUUUCUCCAGCUCCACUGAGCCACGCGAGGGCCCUUGAACGCGGCAUGGGCGCCAGUGGUUCACAUGUGCCCUCAUCGGCAUUCUUUUGCUUCGCCCGUCUCCUCGCCCGGUCCUCGCUUGCUUUUUUUCUCUUCGGUUUUCUCCCAAGGCUUUCUCCGUCCUCGGCGGCUUCGUCUCCUUUUCCUGCCGCUUUUGGGGCGCGGCGCGCGGAGCAGAAGGACCGCGCGCUGCCGAGCAGAGGCGACGUGAGCAGGGCCACGCACUUUCCGCAGAUUUCCCCUUUACUGAGGGUACGCCGGUUCUGGUGGCACCUUGCUCUCCCCUUCUGCUUCAAAGGACAAAAAGAGGAGGGGCCGGCUCCGUGGCCGCCUGUGGUCGGGCCGGGCUGGGGCAGGAAUCGAUCGUUCCAGAGCGUGCCCGAACGCGC